AUGGCCGCCGACGCAGUGCCACUGCCUUUAGUUGGCGAGGCUGGCCAGCUGGCCCCCAUCGCCCGCCUGUGCAACACCAAGCCCGCCAUGCUGGAGGAAUUCAAGCGCCGCAUCGCUUCGGGAACACCCUUGGUCGUCAAAGGCACGGCGAUUCCACUCGAGGUGACGCGCGCGGCCGUGGAGCAGAUCGAGAGCGGCGCGGACAUCCCCACGAUGCACUCCACCACGGCAGCAGGUUCAGGGGGCGCCGCGCCCGUUGGCCCACCUGGAGAGGCGGCUGUGUUCAUUGCGCUGGAGAGCGCCAUCCAGCCAGAGCAGAUCCACAUCCCAGAGGAUCCAGCACCGCCACCUCCUUUACCACCUCCUGCGGAGCCCCCCGCUGCGCCCACUGACGGCGGCACGGGUUCCGACGCCUUUCAGUUGCGAAGUUUUGAGGGUAAGCUCCAGGUGCGCUUCAACAGCGAGUCCAUGAUGUACGAACUUGUGCAGCUCGACACGUUCGACAGGAUAGAGCUGCCGCGCGCGGAGACGGAGCGGGCGCUGGACGUGGGCGGCUGGGACGCCGAGCUGGUGGAGGCGACCGGUGGCGGAAGGAAGCUCGACGCCGUCGACUUGCUGAACAACGUCGUCUACAUCGGGGAGUCCGACGGGGAGACCGUGCUGCAGACUACGACUGGCGACCUCGCUAUCACCCGCUCUCUCGACGAAGCUCUCGCGAGCGCGGCGUCUUUCACGUUGAACGUGAAGAGCUGGGCUACGGCAGCCGCCGACCCGCUGGACAUCUCGAUCUACGAGCUCAGGCGGGACGGCAACUUCGUGUUCUUCAGUUUGCCGUCGGUGAUGCUUGCCAUCGGGGCCCAUUGGAAAUUGCAUGUCAAGAGUUUUUUGGGCCACCAAUUCCCAGGAUGGAACGCUGCGCUUAAGCGCGCGGAGCUCGGCCGUCUGUGCAACUCAGUGGCUUACGACCAGACGGAAGUACGUGGGUCCGACGCGGUUGACAACAGGGCGCCGAAGGAGAAAGCAGCCAGCGCGACGUCGUUGCUCUACCUCCUCGUUCGGUGGAUCAUGCUGGGCGUGCCGCAGUACAGGGUCCGACCGAUCUUUUCUCUGCAAGUGAUGUGGCGAUUCGGUGACUUGCUUGACAUGCGCAUCACUGGCCUCGUGAAGGAGAGCAACGGCACGGGCAGCUGCAUGGAGCUUGAGGCGAACGACCACGGCGACUCGAAGGCGAUGCAGUGCGCCCUCUACGUCAAGGCCGCGGAGUCCUUGAAUAAGUCGAACUCCAUGCAGUUCAUCUCCCACGCGCCCGACAAGUCGCGCGUGCACAACUUCGGCAUCUUGAACACCUUCUUCGCCAUGCCGAACAACGUCGGCUUCUGGGGCAUACCUCAGGACCCUGGCGACUUCAUGGGGGAGGCCUCGAUGGCAGAGAUCAUCGGCGGCGAGGAGGGCAAGAAGGUUGCGCUGAAAGCGCAGGAUCGAGACAACGUUGCCAAGUGGCCCCGUCUGUCGAUCAGCCCUGACCAGGGCAGCGACGGGGUGGCAGGCAUCCCCCACUGGCUUCACACGGGGAUCAACGUGGACCCAUCAUGUGACUUCAGCCACGGGGUCCACAACGAUAUUUACGGUGGAAUCGAAGCAGCUGGCCCGGGGUGCCAUAUAUCUAUGUCUUUGCGGGGGAUUAACGUGCCAGUAUCGCCGUGGGACGAGAACUUACGGCGGGGCCAAGUCACUGGAGCACUGAAGGAAGCCUUCGCUACGACGACAGCCUCGACCAACGUGUCCUUCCAGGACUUCGUCGACGAUAUGUUGGCAGAGCCUGCUGGGCGAGAGUUCGCGGACGCCCCUGAACCUGCAGGUGCGUUGUGGAACCUGAAGGAAUCCGACGCGUCCACCGCCAGGGGGGGCAAGACGUUGAAGAACCGAUUCUUGGCCGUCAUCCGGAAAAUCAGAGAGGAGUUGAAUUGCAGCGCCCAGAGAAAGUUCGGAUAUUUGCUGACCUGCGUGGGUAUGGACAUGGUAGACAACGCGAAGUUCGCCCGCCUUGUGAGGUCGGGCGCCGAGUUCGCGCGCACCGCCAACAGCCGUGUGGAGACAGAGGAGGAGAAGAGUCUUCGGAAGUCAUGUGCCAACCAGGUGGUGGCCGCCCUGAUGGACUGGCUGGGGCCCGAUACGACGAUGCUUGACAAGAUCAUAGUUGGUGCUUCGGAGCCGUGCGCACAGUGGCUUGGCGAGCAACGCUGA